AUGAACAAAAACAUUGGGAGCGGUGGACGGGACGAUGAAGAAGAAGGGGAACGCAACGAUGAGCCUAAAGAGGGUGCAGUUGAAAUUCCAUCUCAUAGAGCAAGAGGAAGGCCACAACAUUCAAAGAACAAGCCAAAACCUCCUAUUUUUGUCACUAGGGACAACCCUAAUGCCCUCCACAACCACGUUAUGGAGGUGGCGAAUGGGUCGGAUGUCGCGGAGAGCAUCGCCCAGUUUGCGAGGAAAAGGCAAAGAGGAGUUUGUGUACUGAGUGCAAAUGGCAUAUUAUAUACUGGAAAAGAUGAUGGAUCGCCCAUACCCCCAUGUUGUUGUGCAAAUCCAUUAAUUCCCAGACCUGGAGUUGAUCCGUCGCCACCGCCACCGCCAAGGUGUUGGUGCAAAAAUUCGGUGGCCACGGUGGUUUGA